AUGACACUCUGGUUUCGCCAGAGUGCCGAUCUUAGGGGGCAGACAGACCCACUCACUCACCAAAACACCCAUUUGGAAACAUUUCAAACCUCUUACUCCUGCUCAAACAACAGCAACCUCAGCAAUCCGAACAGCAACCACAGCAGCAGCGACUCCAGCAAGCCGCCGGCGACGGUCCUGUCGGUGAACAAGAGGUCCACAGCAAUCGCCCCGGCGAAGCCAGCCACCACCGGCAACUCCCUGCCGAUGCAGAUCUCGCCCAACUUCAUUGAGCACAAGUAUUCGGCGCUGGCCAUGAAGGAGAAGUUCUUCCUGAACCUGAGGGCCGGCAAAACGGUGUCCAGUUCAUCGGGAGGCGACGGAGGGGUGGCCACAGCCCUGGGACACCAAUCCGAGGUGGGCCUUUCGGGCGGAUCUGGAGGAGGCGGUGGCUUGCGGGCGGUUGCUGUGGGCCAAAUGUGUGCGUUGCAAAACGAGCACAUACACCAAAAUCUCUACAAGAAAACGAUCAACUGA